AUGUCGGUCGCAAAAUUUACCCAACAUCUUGGAAUGGCGCCCGGGGAUACUCCCGUCGGCACCAAGACGUUAAAGCCAAAAUACAGACGCGUCAAAGCUUACUGUGCAGGAAUCGGGCUGGCGUUUUUGUGGUGCGUUGGUGUCAAACAAACACGUUUUGUUAUUUCCGAUUCCACGACGACGACGACGACGACAACGACGACGACGACAACGACGACGACGACGGCGGGCGAUUUGGCCGAUCCGUCCGCAGGCCAACGACAAAAAAUGAACUUUCAAGUUUCUUGGGCAGAUAUCGAGCCCAGCACAACGUUACGAUGGCAAGAGUGUUACACAGGGCAGUAUGACUGUGCUCGGUUGGAUGUGCCGAUGGACUGGCAGAAUCCGUCAAGCGACCGCGUUGUCAUCGCAGUCAUCCGACUGAACGCGACCAGCCACACCGACUACCGGGGACCCGUCUUUUUCAAUCCAGGGGGACCUGGUGGCUCGGGUGUCUGGUCAAUGUUGGAUCAUGGCGAACUUGUACAGAAGAUAGUAGGAAGCAACCAUGACAUUGUCACUUUCGAUCCCCGUGGUGUCGGCGCCUCGACGCCUCUGAUCAACUGCUGGCUGACCGAUCAACAACGAACUUUCUGGAGUCUGACCGACGUUGGCGUGUCUGAUUCGCACCCCGGCAUGAUUUACGAUGAAUAUUACCGUGCCUACGCCACCUCUCAGCACUGCGAGGCUAACAUGGCCAAGUCCAAGAUCCUCGAGCACAUCAGCACGGCAUCUCAUGCCCGAGAUAUGCUCGAGAUACUGCACCAGAUGGGCGAGGAUAAACUCAAGUACUGGGGUUUUAGCUACGGAACAAUCCUAGGGGGAACCUUUGCCGCCAUGUAUCCCGACAAGGUGGAGAGGUUUGUUUCUGACGGAAAUGUCGAUCUCCGAGAAUGGUACACUCACGUGCACACAAACUUCCUCCGGGACGCCGACAAGGUGAUGCAGGCCUUUUACGACCUCUGCGCAGCCGCCGGCCCGGCAAAGUGCGCCUUCCACUCGCCGUCCCCCGCCGAGAUCGAGCGGCGGCUGCACGGCCUGCUGGACCGCCUGCGCAAGAACCCCAUCGUCAUGCCGGCCAAGACGGACCCAGAAGCCGAGGGGCCCGAGAUGCCCGAGAUCGUGACCUACUCCAAGCUCCGCAGGCUCAUCUCGGCGGCGCUGUACCGUCCGCUGUACAAGUUCCCCGAGUUUGCGCGCGUCCUGGCCGCGCUCGAGAGGGGCGACGGCGGGCCCUACUACCAGUCCACCGAGGCCGGCAUGCCGCCGCUGUCGUCCUUUUGCUACGCCACGCCCGUCGAGCCCGGCGCCCCGCUGGCCGGCGUGGUCGAGAGCACGGCCGAUGCCUUUCCCGCCAUAUCGUGCGCCGACUCGGAGGAGUGGACCGGCACCGUCGAGGACUUUGUCAAGAUCGGGGACGAGCUUCGGAACCUUAGCUGGGCCGUCGGGGCGCUCGACACGAGCCUGCGUGCGCAGUGUGUGGGCAGGAAGGUCAGGCCCAAGUACAGGUUUGCUGGACCAUUCGAAGCCAAAACGCACUUUCCCAUCCUCUUCAUCGCCAACAUGGCCGACAACAUCACGCCGCUCAUCAGCGCCCGGAACAACUCGCAGGGCUUCGAAGGGUCGGUGGUCCUGGUGCAAAACUCGUACGGCCACACCACCCUGUCGGCGCCCUCCACCUGCACUGCCGAGCACGUGCGCAGGUACUUCCAGGAAGGGGUUCUUCCGCCGCCCAACACUGAGUGCGAGCCUGAUUUUGCCCCGUUCGACAAAGUUGAGGAGCCGGGGGUUGAAAAAUACGUCCACGCGGCGGUCAUCAAGAAAGAUUCUGAGCUUUCCGAGUCGAUAAAGCAGCUCUGUGAAAAAGCCGGUGCAAAACUGGGGGAUCGGCGGCUUUUAUGA